UAAUAUAUGCCUAUACUGCCUAGUCAGUAAUUCCUAGACGAGUACCUCUAUGUGCACACAUUAAUUGUAUUCAUACAACUUAAUCCAUCGAUUUAACCUGCUGCACGCCGCCAAGUUUUUAUUCUUUUUAUUAUCACUACAAACAGUACGAACGCCAUAACAACAUUCGCGCGCGCACACGCACACGCACACGCACUCAAAACCCAAACUACCGCUUCACACACACACACUGUGCGUGCACUGUACGUAAACACGCGUACACACUGCAACAUACACUCACACAAAUUACAAACACUCGCGUGAGUCCAAACACUCCGAUCAUACAAGACCGCAGUAAUAAUAAUUAAUAAUAUUUUUUAUUUAUUAUUAUUAUUGCCGUUUUGGAUUUGUCGCGUUGAUCACCGACUCCAACGAGGUCGGACAGCAGACAUCACACAAAAUACGAACGACAACUAAUUGUGGUUUUCAUUUUCGUCUAUAACGUGCUGCUGCGUCUGUUACCGUGCGCCACCCGGCGUUCCGCUAAACACCAAUCAAGCAAUUAAUAUCGCCCAAUUUUGAAAAAUGGCUGUCAAUUUAUUGCAAACCAACAACACUGGCAAAGUUAAUAACAAACGUUUGGCAUUGAUUCAAAUUGUAAAAAUCGAUCUAAAUGCUGGAAACAACACUGAAACUCAGGAUGAUGGUGUUGUAUACUCACCCGCUUACAUUUCUACUACCAAUACUUGUGUUGUGAAUAGUGGAACGGCAUCCCAGGGAAUACAAUUUCAGUUAUUGGGUGGUAACAAUGAGAACAUUGUUGAAUUUACUCCCAGUUAUUCAGUAGACUAUUGUAAAGUUUCCAAAGAUACAUAUGCCAUACAGUUGAACAAUCAUACAUAUAUGUUAAAGUUUAAAACACAUAUAGAUUUAUAUGAAUUCACUGUAUUAUUGGCUCGUGCUAAAAAAGGGAAUGAACUCUCAGUUUUUUCAAAUCGAACUGAUGAAGCAUCAGCGGCGCAAUAUUUCCAGUUUUAUGGAUAUCUUUCUCAACAACAAAACAUGUUACAAGACUAUAUACGAACAAGUACUUAUCAAAAGGCAGUGCUUAUUAACACCAUAGACUUUCAGGACAAAGUGGUAUUGGAUGUAGGCGCUGGUUCAGGUAUAUUAUCAUUUUUUUCUGUUCAAGCUGGUGCCAAAAAAGUGUAUGCUGUUGAAGCAAGUUCAAUGGCACAACACGCUCAGACUUUGGUGGAGUCUAAUAAUUUAGGAGACAAAGUUUUUAUUGUUGCUGGUAAAAUUGAAGAAAUUGAUUUACCUGAAAAAGUAGAUGUUAUUAUAUCAGAACCAAUGGGAUAUAUGCUUUACAAUGAACGUAUGCUUGAAACCUAUUUACAUGCUAAAAAAUGGUUAAAACCUGGAGGAAAAAUGUAUCCUAGUAAAGGGGAUUUGCAUAUAGCUCCAUUCACUGAUGAUGCCUUAUUCAUGGAGCAAACAAAUAAAGCCAGCUUUUGGGUUCAAUCUUGUUUUCAUGGAGUUGAUUUGAGUUCAUUAAGAGAUAUGGCUAUGCGAGAAUAUUUUCGACAACCAAUAGUUGAUACGUUUGAUAUUCGUAUAUGUCUUGCAAAGUCUGUUAAACAUAGCUUGGAUUUUCUCACAGCUACUGAACAACAAUUACACAAGAUUGACAUUCCACUUGAGUAUUAUAUACUUGAAUCUGGAACGAUUCAUGGUUUAGCUUUUUGGUUUGAUGUUGCAUUUCAAGGCAGCAGCCAAACUCUGUGGCUAUCUACUUCGCCUACUGAAUCUUUAACUCAUUGGUAUCAAGUCAGGUGCCUCCUAGAAAAGCCUAUUCUUGUUAAAGUUGGUCAAAUUUUAACUGGUAGUGUUUCACUUCAAGCCAAUGUUAGACAAAGUUAUGAUGUUUUCAUAAAUUUAAUGAUUGAUGGACUUCCACACACAAGCUCUUCCAACAAUUUGGAUCUUAAAAACCCAUACUUUAGAUAUACUGGUCAACCACCACAACCUCCUCCUGGUGUCAAUACUAUAUCACCCAGUGAAAGUUAUUGGGCAAACUUGGAUCUUCAAAGUACUACUUCUGCUUUAAACAUGGUUAAUGGCAUUCCAUUAAAUGGUUAUGCUACAGACAUUUCCAUGGAUAUGCAAACAUCUCCAACUGCUGUAGCAAACAAUGCAAAUCUUAUAAAUUUAGUUACCGUACCUCAACCAAAUAUUCAUCCAGGAUCUAUAAGUAGUACUGGACGACAACGUGUUAGUACAGCUACUUCUACUGCAGGAGCACAACUCAUUGGUGGUGGAAUAUCUCCAACCUUAUUUACUUCCAACCAGAACCAAAAUCAACAACUUUUGUUAGGAGCAGCAACAGCUGCUGCAGGAGGUUCAUCCACUGCUAUGGGAAAUUAUCCAGUUAACAACAGUUUAAUGAUUGGAGACUAUGUUGCACCCAGCACUGGUGUUUUAAAUAUUUCAUAUCGUUAACUUAUUACAUUAUGGUUUAUUUGUAUUUACAAAAUAAAUCUUAAACCGCGAUAAUUUCAAAAUAAGGAGAUUUAUUUCUCCUUGCAUAAAUUUACCAUCUACUCAAAUAUUUAUUCUAUAUAUAUUCAAUAAUAAUAAUUAAUAUAUAUAUAGUUUAAAUGUUUUAAUACAAACUAUUUUUAUUUAUAAUUUUAAACUCAAGUAGGAUUAUUAAUUUUAAAAAGGAUAUGUUUUCCUGUUACUCAUUUUUUUCGUAAGAAAAAUAUUAUUUACAGACUAUUAGUAUGAUAAACAACCAUUAUUUUUACAUUUUCAUAAAAAUAAACUAAUUUAAACAGGUUUUAAACAUUAACAACUCUUAACAAAUUAUCUUUAUUUCCAAAUUUUAUUUUAAAAUUAAUAUACGUGCAUAUAUAAAUAUAUUAUAGAUUUAUAUAAUUUCUUCAAAAUUGUUACAUUAGUUUAGGGUUGAAUGUUUAACAUUAAAAAAAAAAAUAGUUUUAUGGUACCUAAAAUAAUACGUGUAAAACAAUUAUAAGUAUUAAUUAUUUUAUAAUUAAAAAAUAAAAAUAUUAAUAUUAUUAUUAUAAUAUCGAAAAUCAUCAUACUAGGAUAUAUUACUUUUUGAGGAACAUAUUACAUAUUGUUAUUGAAUAGUGUAUAAUAAUUUUAAUUAAGCCUUUGUUGCUGAUUUAUUGUUAAGGUUGAUUAAAUGAAUCAAUAAUAAUUUGGCAAUAACUUUAUGUAUACUUUUUUAUAACUAUUUUUCUUUGUAAUGUUAUUUUUAAUUUGAUAAAUAUUAAUAUCUAAGGUUUGCAUUAUUCUACAUUUUUCCUGAUUAUUUACAUGUGUUUUCAUUCUCCAAUGUGAUUUGAAUAUAAAAUAUCAUAGCUUUUUUACAAUAUACUUAAAUAUUAAUUGAUUAUUGUGAUUCCUAUGUAUACAUAAUAUAUAGUAAUAUUUUAAUUAAGAUAGUGCAGUUUGUAAAGCUUAAUAUUAAUAAAAUGUUCAAAUAAAUUUAUCACCACUACCAAAUAACUUUUAUUUUUAUUUAAAAAUAUAUAUAAUUCUUUAUCCUACAUGUAAUUAUUACAUAUUUAUAAAAUUUUCAGUAAUUAUAAGAUGUGAUUAGGAAAUUUAUGUAUUGAGUAUCUGCUAUGAUAUUAUGAAAUAAUAGUUAAAUAAUUUGACAAAUUAUGAAUACUAUUAUAGUGUUAUGAAUUAAAUAUUAACAUUAGGGAGCAGAUGUAUAUGCUUUAAAAAAAUUAAAAAUAUGCAUGCAAUUAUUCACUAUAAAGUAUAAAAAAUAUCCUUAGAAUUUAUUAAAAAUAUGCGCCAAUAAUAUUUUUUAUGUAAUAAAACUUAAAAAUUAAAAAAGAUGUUAGCAAACUGCUGUUGAAUUUUUUGUUAAUCUGAAAAAAAUAUACAUGGAUAUGUAUAUUGGAAACCAAGUGCUGAUACGAGCAAAAACCGGCUAUUCCCGGUUGGUGCGAAUAUUACAUAGGCCUACAGCCGCGGGACAUUUUGAUCUAUUAAUAUUAGUCUUGCAGAGUCUGUUAAUAUAAUACAAAAAACCUCAAAUAUGCACUAAAAGCAUGAUAAAUAUAGAAAUAUGAUCAAACAAGUAAAAAUCGAAAAAAUAAGCAAAAUUAAAUUGAUAAAUUUGAAUUCUUUAAUGAUGAAACAAAUUUCUAUCUUAUUCCGCAUUAGUUUAGAUGUUAUUAAAAAAUAUGAUAAAUUCAUAAACAUCUGCUCUUUAAUUAUCACUAAAUUCAAGUGUUUAUAAAAUGAUUAUGGUUAAACAAUUUGGUACAAGUAAUUUAUUACCAGUUGUCUGUAUAGUCUGUGUACCUUCAUCGGUUGCUCAUGGAAAAAUUUGACCAAAAAUUAUGUUUUUUUUUAUACAAUUAUAUUCAUUAAUAAUCACAUAUAUUAUUUAAAUUGUAUUGAGCUGAUUUCAUACAAAAAGGUUUUGCUUUAUUUUUUAUUUUGAUGUACUAAAUAUGAUAUAUAAUGUAUAUUAUCAUUAUAAUUAUAAAGUUCAAUCGGUCAUACAUAGAAAAUAAUUACAAUAUUCUCCCAACUUAAAAUUAAACACCAUUACAAAUGUAAAAUUUCCUAAGCCUUAGAACCUGAGAUAAUAAACUUACUUAAUAUAUUGUGUAGCUGUUGAUUUCAUAUUGAUCUGAAUUGAUGAGUCAAUAAAAACUUAGUUUAUUGAAUAAGUAAGGCUGAACUCUAUUGUGUAAAAAAAAAUAUAUUGGUCUGAUGGGAUAAAUAUUUUCUCUACAUGACACAUUAAUCUUUAGUGGACAAUUCAGGCUAAUGAUUCAAUAAAACUAGUUCUGAUUGACUCAUUAAUUUAGAUCAAUAUAAUUAACGGCUAUACAAAAUAUUAUAUAACUACUUAA